AAUUAAAAUGUUAAAACAAUCCUUGCUGAUCCUCUUCAUUCUCACAAUAAUCUACCUUUUGGAUACCAGUCAGAGUAUGACACUGGCUAAAGUUGCAGCAGGAGCUGCAACUGUUUCAGCCAUGCUGUGAUGGUACCAAAGCAUCCAGAAUAAGAAAGAGAGGAAGGCUAUUUUUAGAAAGAUUAGAGAACUUACUGCACUUCUGAAGGAUAAAAAUGGGAGAUUUAUGGAGAAAUGACUGUCGUCAUCUCCAGAAUUAAUCAGGAAUAUCGAGAUGUAUUCGAAUUAUACCCUUCUGAUAGCCUCAGUGUGAUUCCAAGGCUAUGAAGAAGCAAAAUUUUUGAUAGAAAAGAUGAAAAUAGACGUUAAUGAGAAAGCAAGAAAUGGAGAAACAGCUCUUAUUAGAGCUGUCCAAGUGAAUGAUUCUAAGAUGGUACAGCUUUUGCUAAAUGCAGGAGCCAGUAUUGAGCUAAGAACAAAGCAGGAAAUUAGCGCCCUGAUUGUCGCUAUUACUCAUAACAGACCCAUUUUAGUUGACCUUCUAUUGAAAUAUGGAGCUUGAAUUAACACCAAGACUAUCAACAAGGGUGUUCAAUCGAUGAUUGAUAAUUGCUCAGAAGAAAUCAAAACAGUGAUAUCAUUCCAUAAAGCUUGGAGACGCAAGAAAAAUAUGCUUAAAAUCUUAGAUGCUCAGUCUCAGAAAAAAGAAGAAUCUGGGCUAUCAGAGAAAGAUGAUUUAAUCAAAGAUCCUCUAGAAACUUUAAACAGAAAAGCAGACUUAUUCAAAUCUAUUAUUAGGGACUUUAUGUAA